CUGACCGACAACUUCACGUCGCCACCCGUCCCUGAAGCGGGAUAAAAAUGUAGUACGGACGAAGAAUCGAUGCCGUCCCAUCCGACAGCCUUCUUUUCUUAUACCACACGUCAAGACGAAUCCGAUUCGAUUCGAAUUUAGAUCUGGGAGCGAGGAGCGCGUCCACUCCCUCCCCCAUUUGAUGGACUGCGGCCAUGGCCGCCAUCAUGGGACUGCGAGACGCCGCAUCCGUUGCCGCGGCGGCCACCUCCGCCGGCGCCGGUGCCAUCGCCGCCGUCUCCGCUAGCGCGGCCGCCCUCGACGCCACCAUAGCCGGGUCGCCCUACUCUCCGGCCAAGGAGAAGGCGGCCUCGCGUGGGUUGGGGUACCCGAGCCGCGCAUCGUUCCCGCUGCUUCUCCUCCGGUCUCGGAAGCUCGCCGGCUACGCCAAGGCCCGGGUCCUUCUCGUCGCUUGCGUUCUCCUCGCUCUCUUCCUCGUCUCGCGCCAGGUGGGGCCCCUCAUGGGGUGGAACUACCAACCUUCCUCUUCCGUCUCGUCUCCUUCCAGGGGUGGUUACACAAUACUGCUAAACACUUGGAAGCGCAAUUCUCUUCUCAAGCGAUCUGUGGCUCAUUAUGCAUCUUGUUUACGGGUUGAUGCAAUACAUGUAGUCUGGAGUGAAAGUGAUCCGCCAUCGGAUAGCCUUAAAGCCUAUCUCAGCAAGAUUGUAUUUUCACAGUCCCAAAGUUCUCAUAAACCAAACUUCAGGUUUGAACUGAAUGAGGAAGAUGAUCUGAAUAAUAGAUUUAAGCCCAUUGGGGACCUCAAAAAUGAUGCAAUCUUUUCAGUGGAUGAUGAUGUAAUAGUUCCUUGCCCCACUUUGGAUUUUGCAUUUGCGGUAUGGCAAAGUUCUCCAGACACAAUGGUGGGGUUUGUUCCCCGCAUGCAUUUACUGGCUGAGGAAAAUGGUAUGCCAUAUUACAGAUAUGGAGGCUGGUGGUCAGUAUGGUGGAUGGGUACUUACAGUAUGGUUCUGUCAAAAGCAGCAUUUUUCCACCGAAAGUAUUUGGACCUGUACACCUACAAGAUGCCAUCAUCUAUUCAUGAAUAUGUAACAAGAGAAAGGAACUGCGAAGACAUUGCUAUGUCACUUCUCGUUGCUAAUGCAACUAGAGCUCCUCCUAUCUGGGUGAAAGGUAAGAUAUAUGAGAUUGGUGGCUCUGGCAUCAGCAGCUUGAAGGGUCAUAACAAGAGGAGGAAUAGAUGCCUCAAUGACUUUUUUUCUCUUUAUGGAGCUGUGCCUUUAGUACCUACCAGCAUGAAGGCUGUAGAUGCACGAGAAGAAUGGUUCUGGUAGUGCAAUCGACAUCUCACACGAAUGAUCACGUGUAUGUCAAAUUUACAACCAAUGUGCAUAUGUGGUUGUGAUCUCACUCUGCAGACAUGCAUCAAAUUAGACAGUUUGCUCUUCUGGACAAAUUUACCAACACUAAUAAAUUAUGAUGAUUUUGCAGUGUGGAAAAUAUGUUGCAUCAUGUUGUCAUCAUAUUGUAGUGGCCAGGGAGAUACCUCAUGUUUGGUGCUUGUUAUGAAACGCUGACCUGGCCUCUGUUUGGUUGUGAGAGUCUUGAAAGUGAGUUCAUCAAAUUGAGGUGUAUGAACUCACUUCUGACUUUGGGUGUUUGGUUUGAUAUUAGAAAAAGUAGGGUUUGCAGAAGGCAGUUCCAGUACCAAAGGGAAAUCGACUUCCUACGAUUUCCAAUGUUUGGUUACACCUGAAGCUGACUAUGGUCCAAACUAUAUUCAUUUUCAGUGGAGGCUGGUUCUGUUUAAAUUUGAUAGUUUUUAUGUCCUAGUCUGAUCUACGAUCAGCUCUAGUUAUACGAGAGUUGGUUGGACUCGGAUCACCUCUUAGCAGAUAGGUGAGAUGAGCUUUCCAAUAAUGUGAGUAAACAUCAAGUUCUCCUUUUGGUCACUCUUUUCUCUUGAUAUAUUUUGUUUUUAAAUUUGUAUUCAAAUUCUUGUAUAGCAUAUCAAAUAUUGAAGAUUGAGAUGCUAUAACCAAUUUUUUGCAUAAUUUAGAAGUGGAUGAUUUCACA